AUGCACUUGCUAAAUUUUCAAUAUGUCUGCAGCGGUGUAGAAGAAACCAAAGAUCUGCUAUGCUGUUCCGGUGGCUUGACCAGGUCUGUGGCUUGUGAGGUUUUGGAAACGUUUCUAAACAGCUUUCCAUAUGCAGGUGCUGUAGCUACCUGGCUGCUUCUAGAUAUCCAUCAUUGUCUUGAUAAGAUGGGAGAGGCAGAAAUUAUGAGUCUUGGCUUUGAUAACAUAAAAAUCAGGAGUCUGUUGGCUCAGAAAAAGAAUCAGGAGACUAUUAGCUCAAAUUUUCAGCAGCUGAAUGGCGAAUGCGAGUCAAAAGACAGAAUGACUACUGACAUGCUUGAGAAGGGGUUAAUGGAGUAUGGAUGCCCUCAUUAUCGUCGAAGGUGUCGCAUUAGAGCUCCUUGUUGCAAUGAAGUUUUCACUUGCCGUCAUUGUCAUAAUGAAGCAAUAAACGACAUUAACGUUGAUCAGAAACUGAGGCAUGACAUGCCACGGCAUGAAGUUAGACAGGUGAUAUGCUCACUUUGUGGCACGGAGCAGGAGGCUCAACAAGUUUGUAGGAACUGUGGUGUAUGCAUGGGGAAAUACUAUUGUGAAACCUGCAAGCUGUUUGAUGAUGAUAUAUCAAAGAGACAAUAUCAUUGUGAUGGCUGUGGGAUAUGCAGAAUCGGAGGACGUGGAAAUUUCUUCCACUGCGACAAGUGUGGCUGUUGCUACUCUAUCCACCUGAGAAACAGUCACCCAUGUGUGGAGGGCGCAAUGCAUCAUGAUUGCCCUGUGUGUUUCGAGUACUUAUUCGAGUCUAGACAGGAUGUAACUGUCCUGCCUUGUGGACAUACAAUUCAUCAAGGCUGCCUGAAGGAGAUGCAGGAACAUUAUCAGUAUGCCUGCCCUUUGUGUUCAAAGUCAGUUUGUGACAUGUCCAAGGUGUGGGAAAAAUUCGACAUGGAAAUCGCGGCUACCCCAAUGCCGGGACCUUACCAGGGCAAAAUGGUUCGGAUACUCUGUAACGAUUGUGGCAGAACCUCCCAAGUGCAGUUCCAUAUCGUGGCUCAGAAAUGCACGCAUUGCAAAUCGUACAACACUCGCCAAACAAGAAGCUGA